ACACUAUCAGUUUUCCUCGGUGUUUUGGUUUGUCAUGUCUGGCGGAGAUCGGGAGAAGCUGCGUCUCUUUGUAGCCACCAGUAGGAGACGCUUGGGCGACCUCCUGGAGCGCCUAAACUGGAGCGAGCAGGGGGUGAUGGAGGCCAAAAGUGGACACAUUUUGGAGCACAAAGCUGAGACAGUGGAGCCACUGCCCGACUCCUGCUGCUUCAACCCCGCCUUUAGCGUUCAGCUCGACGACGCAUCUAUCCAGCAAAUUGUUGGAACGGAUGCGGGCCAGCCAAGUGGCGCUAACUGCUUUGAAGACCUUCAGGUGGCACUCAAUGCGCCCAACAGGCUCCUCAUCUACGAGCACGUCCUCCGGCACACUGCAAAGCAUCCACAGUUCGAGGAUAAUGCCGCCUUCGCUGAGCUAGUGGGCGAGACCAAGCGGGAGGGGAAGAAGCAGCGUCGCCACCGCAAGAGCAAGCCCACGCUCAACGAGGAGCUGCACCAGCUAGUUAGCCUUCAGAUGCAGGCGCUGCAGAGGCAGUGGGAGCAGGAGAGGGCCCGGAAGCAGGAACGCAAGCAGAGGGAGCGGGAGCACAGGAAGAGGGAGCAGGAGCACAGAUCGAGGGAGCAGGAGCAUAGAUCGAGGGACCAGGAGCAUAGAACGAAGGAGCAGCAGCACAGAACAAGGGAGUGGGAGCACAGGCACUCAGGUAGCCGGAGGAGAAGUCGGAGUCGCAGCCCGGAGAAGCAACGCCAUGGACACAGGCGUCGGGAGGAGCGGAAGCCGCACAGGCAUCAUCAUUCCUACACUUCUGGUUAUUAAAACAGGAAGUCCAUUCGCAUCUGUAGGAAGAAACACCAUUCCUACACCUCUGGUCAUUAAAACAGGGAUUCCAUGCGCAUCUGGAGGAGGAAACAUCAUUCCCGCACCUCUGCUCAUUAACAGAGGGAAUCAAUCCUCAUCUGGAGGAAGAAACACCAUUCCUACACCUCUGGUCAUUAAAAAAGGGAAUGGGAAACCAUCUGGACGAGGAGCACCCACAUCAAACACCGAACACUGUGGUCACCAGAGCACUUCCUAUGUUUAGCCGACUGUUUAUUUGGGUAUUCAGAUAA